GGCAGUACGUGGGGCAGCUGCUGCUGAGGAACGAGGCGGCGCAGGGCGGCCACUCGCCCCUGUCCGACCAGGACUACCUGCUGUUCCUGGAGUCCGAGGAGUGUCGGCUGGUGACUCCGGCGGUGGUGAUCGAUGUGAUGAACUCCGCGCUGCUCAUGCUCAAGGACUGCACGGGCGCCGACCGGCUCCGCAGCCAGCUGGGCGGCAUGAUGGCCUCCGAACACAUCCUGGCCAACAACCUGUCAGCGGCCAGGAAGCUGCUGCUGCAGGUGUGCCACCAGUACCGGCGCGAGGGCUGGCUGCUGCCGCUGCUGCAGUCGCUGGUGGCGCUGCGGGAGGUGGCGCAGCGACUGAAGCUGCCCGCGGAACACCUCUGCUACAGCCUGGAGAUAGCGGCGCUCGCUACACAGGUGCAGGCGCCGCCGCCGCAGCAGCAGCUGGUGCUGACCGACCCGCGGGUCGGUCCCGCGUCUGCGACCGCGUCUGCAUCCAGCAGCAGCGGGACUGCCGCUGCCGCUUUAGGAGGAGGGGGGCGAGGGAGAGGGAGAGGCAGCAGCGGGUGCUUCAUCAGCGCCGCCGCCGCCUCGCAAGCCGCCUGCGCUAGCAGGGUGGUGGAUCCGGCAGCGGCGCUGGCUGCAUGCAGAUCUGCCGUACAGACGUUGGUAACUGGGAUCUCGGAAAUCAAGCAGGGGAUCAUGAAGACGCCGUCGGCGCACAUGUCGGCAGGAACCGCAGCUGCGGCGGGAGGAGGAGGGUCCUCACCUGCGGGUUUGCGAUCUCCUACCGGCGGUGAAGCAGCAGCAGCUGCGGCUGGGGGGAUGGCUUCAACCUCCACCACCAGUAUCAGUGGGGGGCUAAGUCCGGAGUCCAGUGCCACCCAGCUGCUGCCGCCGGCGCCCCCGGGGGCAGUGGGGGUGGGGGCGGGCGGCCUGCCUCGGCACUUCCACUACACGGUGGAGCACCUGGACCUGCGUGAGGCCCAGCGGCGGGCCCGAGAGGCGGGCGACCCCCGCUCCGUGGCGGACAUCAUGCACCGCCACACGCAGCAGGACUACGGAUGGUGCAGAUGCAUCGCGCUAGCUGCCGGCUUCACCUACUCCCGCCCCGACCCGCACACCGCCGACUUCUACCUGGCGCUCUACAACCAGCUGCCGCUGCCGCUGCCGAUAAAGGGGGUGGUGCUGCACUUUGCAGACGACCAGGGUGACAUGUGGGUGCAAGCGCUGCCCGGGGUCAUACCGCCGCACGAGCCGCCCGCAGCGCCCCUGCCGCAGCACGUGGGUGCCGCGCUGGACUCCGCCACCCACUCCUUCCACCACCUGCACCUCAACUCGCUGCUGAGGCCGCAUGACGCGCGACUGCAGCAGCAGCAACAACAAGGGGGUGCUGCGGGGGUGGCAGGCGCUGACGGCUGGGCGGCCCCCGCGGGCGGCAGCACCCGGAGGAGCGACACAGGGGGCGAGCGGGUGCCGGGCCAGCUCCGCCACACCGACGGCCCGCCCUCCUCCUCCUCCUCUGCCAGCGGCUCCACCCUCCUGCACCCACCUCCCCCCUCCACACCCGCACACGCCACCCCCACAUACACCACCACGGGCGCCCCUCCCUCUCCUCCCUCCUCCUCCUCCGCCGCCGCCGCCUCCACCUCCACCUCCUCCCUCCCGCCGCCCCUCCCGCCCCACCGCUGGACGCACUUCUCCGCCCGCCUCAGCCCCCGCUGCCUGGGCCGCCUGCGAGCCGAGAGAGCCAUACUGCUGCUGUCCGACCACGCCACCGUCGUCUUCAAGCUCGCCUCCUUCCCGCCCGCAACCGCCGCCUCGCCCCAACCCGGAGUGCUCACCGGCCCCCUGCUCGCGCCCCCCUCCUCCUCCUCCCCCUCCUCCUCUCUUGCUGCCACUGCGCCACCUCCUCCCUCCACUCCCAACGGCACCACCACCACCACCGCCACCCCUCUCAACCUCCUCAGCGCCGGAGCCUCUGUAGACCAUGCCGCAACCCCCUUCCGAAGCAUCCGCACCUCCUCCUCCUCCUCCUCCUUCCCCCCCGCCUCCUCCUCCUCCUCCCCUGCAGUUUCCCCCGGCCAGCUCUCCCUCUUCGUCGCGCACCUGGGCCCCCUGCCCUCCCUCUCCUACGGCAUCCCCACCGGCCUAGCCCUGCUAGGCGAGCACGCACCCCUGCUAGCGCAGCUCGCCGUACCCCCCGGUGGUCGACCCCUCAUCGGAGCCUCCAUGGAGUUCGUGAUCGGUCGUACGAGCGGGGGGUUGCAGGCGUCGGACAUUGUGUUGGUGGUGGACGAUGCGGCGGGCAGCGGCGGCCUCAUGGCGCUGAACAACGAGCGCUACCGGAUACCGCUGCCUCGUGUGGAGCCGGGCGGGACGCACACGGUGCGGCUGUGGGCGCGGUCGGCGGCGGCGGGGAGCGCCACGGUGGCGGCGGUGCUGCUGUGUCCGGCGCAGGUGACGGCGAGUGCGAGUGUGACGUUUGAGGAGCCGUUUGAGUUCAAGUGCAGGAUGUCCUCCGAGGUGGGGGUGCACACACUGAGCCUGCCGCGACUCUCCGCGCGGGACCUGGGCAGCACGGCGCUCACCAUAGGCCAGCCGGUGAUGGUGACGGCGCUGAUUCGGGCGCUGCAGCCGGCCACCCUGGAGCUAGCCAGCGCGCAGGUCGCCCUGGAGCCCUCCGCCGCCAUCAAGCUGGUGUCCGACCCCAACCAGCAGCUCUCCGCGCACGGCCCCGCCACCCCCAUGCGGCUGGCCCGCGGAGACGUCUUCACGCUGCUGCUGCCCAUCUGCCCCACCGAGCUGCUGGAGCACGGACGCAGCAUGGGGCGACUCAACCUGCGCUGGCGCCGACCCGCGGGUCACGUGCUGCUGCCGGGGAAACCCGGGCAUGGCACGCAGCAGCAAGGGCAGCAGCAGCAGGGGCAGGCAGGGGCGGUGGUUGCAGCGGACAAGAGGACAGGUGAUGAGGCGGCAGCAGCUGACCAGCAGCAAGCGGUGGACCCGCUGGCGGAGCCGUGUCCCGACCCAUGGGUCACCACGGUGCUGGAGCUGCCGCGUGUGACGGUGACGGAGAGCCUGCUGACGGCGCGCACGCUGGGGCCGGCGCAGAUCACUGCGGGCAUGGCCUUCACCUACUCGCUGCAGCUUCAGAACUUCAGCCCCACCCCGCUGGAGCUGAUGAUCACGCUGAUGGACGCGCCCGGCUUCACCUGCGCCAACGAGCGCAGCCCCUCCCUCACCGUGCCCCCUCGGGAGCGGGCCGGCGUGUCGUGGCAGCUGGUGGCGGGGCUGCCGGGCCACCAGCUGCUGCCGGGGGUGCGGCUGCUGGCGCCGCGACACAACUGCGCGCUCACCACGCAGAGCCCGCAUGUGUAUGUGCAGCCGUUUUGAGGAGGC